UACUCUAUCGUUCCGCUCGAUCUGAUUAGACCGGUUUUUACGGAGGAGGACACCGGGUUCCCGAACUCCUACCAGCCGUCUGAAAGAGAGGAACGCCGGCUUGUCACGUUCAUUCAGCGGAACACCGAGUUCAUUCUAGAAGAAGGUGGAGGCGCAGUAUAGAACCGGGCCAGGACCGUGUAGUACCGCUGGAAGCAGGGGAGGGAGGGGGAGCCAGCCCGGAUCCACACCGAGUUACAGCGAGCCGGGUCGUCCGGACCGAGACCUCAUGAAUGGAAAUCGGAACAACAGGAGCCCACACCUUGUUUACGUUGCCACGGCGACCCGGAUAUGGCUCCAUCGGAAAGCCCAUCAAGCUCCUGGCCAACUGCUUCCAGGUGGAAAUCCCUAAGAUCGACGUCUACCUGUACGAGGUCGACGUCAAGCCAGAGAAAUGCCCCCGGCGGGUCAACAGGGAGGUGGUGGACUCCAUGGUGCAGCACUUCAAGGUGACGAUCUUCGGCGACCGGCUGCCGGUUUACGAUGGGAAGAGGAGUCUCUACACGGCGAGUCCACUUCCUGUCGCCACAGGCGGGGUGGACCUGGACGUCACGCUGCCUGGCGAAGGCGGGAAGGACCGCCCGUUUAAGGUCGGCAUGAGGUUCGUGUCGCUGGUCAGCUGGCACCUGCUGCAUGAAGUCCUGACCGGACGCAGCGUCCCUGAGCCGCUGGACCUGGACAAGCCGCUCAGCACCAACCCGGUCCACGCCGUGGACGUCGUCCUGCGACACCUGCCCUCCAUGAAGUACACCCCAGUGGGUCGGUCCUUCUUCUCCUCCCCUGAGGGCUACGACCACCCGCUGGGCGGAGGCCGGGAGGUUUGGUUCGGCUUCCACCAGUCGGUGCGGCCCGCCAUGUGGAAGAUGAUGCUGAACAUCGAUGUUUCAGCCACGGCCUUCUACAAAGCGCAGCCGGUCAUCCAGUUCAUGUGUGAAGUGCUGGACAUCCACAACAUGGAUGAGCAGCCGCGCUCGCUGCCGGACUCACAUCGAGUCAAAUUCACCAAAGAGAUCAAAGGUCUUAAAGUGGAAGUAACCCACUGUGGAAGCAUGCGGAGGAAGUACAGGGUGUGCAACGUGACGCGGCGGCCCGCCAGCCUGCAGACGUUCCCUCUGCAGCUGGAGAACAGCCAGACGGUGGAGCGUACCGUGGCCCAGUACUUCAGGGAGAAGUACAGCCUGCAGCUGAAGUACCCCCACCUGCCCUGCCUGCAGGUGGGCCAGGAGCAGAAACACACCUACCUGCCACUGGAGGUGUGUAACAUCGUUCCCGGUCAGCGCUGCAUUAAGAAGCUGACUGACAACCAGACGUCCACCAUGAUCAAAGCCACGGCCCGCUCGGCUCCGGACAGGCAGGAGGAGAUCAGCCGUCUGGUCAGGAGCGCCAACUACGAGUCCGACCCGUUCGUCCAGGAGUUCCAGUUCCGGGUGCGCGAUGAGAUGGCUCAGGUGACGGGGCGCGUCCUGCCGGCCCCCAUGCUGCAGUAUGGCGGCAGGGUGAGCUCUGAACCCCUUAUGAACCGCACGGUGGCCACGCCCAGCCACGGCGUGUGGGACAUGAGGGGGAAGCAGUUCCACACCGGAGUGGAGAUCAAGAUGUGGGCCAUCGCCUGCUUCGCCACCCAGCGGCAGUGCAGGGAGGAAAUCCUCAAGAGCUUCACGGAGCAGCUGAGGAAGAUCUCUAAGGACGCCGGGAUGCCAAUCCAGGGCCAGCCGUGUUUCUGUAAGUACGCCCAGGGCGCCGACAGCGUGGAGCCCAUGUUCAGGCACCUGAAGAACACCUACGCCGGCCUGCAGCUCAUCAUCGUCAUCCUGCCUGGAAAAACGCCCGUCUACGCGGAGGUGAAGCGGGUGGGAGACACCCUGCUGGGCAUGGCCACGCAGUGCGUCCAGGUGAAGAACGUGGUGAAGACGUCGCCCCAGACUCUGUCCAACCUCUGCCUGAAGAUCAACGUCAAGCUGGGAGGCAUCAACAACAUCCUGCUUCCAAACCAGCGGCCGUCGGUGUUCCAGCAGCCAAUCAUCUUCCUCGGAGCGGACGUCACUCAUCCUCCAGCCGGUGACGGGAAGAAGCCGUCGAUCGCUGCGGUGGUCGGCAGCAUGGACGCCCACCCCAGCCGGUACUGCGCCACCGUCCGGGUCCAGAGGCCCAGGCAGGAAGUGAUCCAGGACCUGGCCUCCAUGGUGCGGGAGCUGCUGAUCCAGUUCUACAAGUCGACCCGCUACAAGCCGACCCGGAUCAUCUUCUACAGAGACGGCGUGUCGGAGGGCCAGUUCAGACAGGUGUUGCACUACGAGCUGCUGGCCAUCAGGGAGGCGUGCAUCAGCCUGGAGAAGGAGUACCAGCCAGGAAUCACCUUCAUCGUGGUUCAGAAGCGCCAUCACACGCGGCUCUUCUGCGCAGAUCGCAACGAGCGAGUCGGCCGAAGCGGGAACAUCCCAGCCGGAACCACCGUGGACACGGACAUCACUCACCCCUACGAGUUUGACUUUUACCUGUGCAGCCACGCUGGCAUCCAGGGAACCAGCCGCCCGUCCCACUACCACGUCCUGUGGGACGACAACUGCUUCACGGCGGACGAGUUCCAGCUGCUCACCUACCAGCUGUGCCACACCUACGUCCGCUGCACGCGCUCCGUCUCCAUCCCCGCGCCCGCCUACUACGCCCACCUGGUGGCGUUCCGCGCUCGCUACCAUCUGGUGGACAAAGAGCACGACAGCGCCGAGGGAAGCCACAUCUCAGGGCAGAGCAACGGCAGAGACCCGCAGGCGCUGGCCAAGGCCGUGCAGAUCCACCACGACACCCUGAGGACCAUGUACUUCGCCUGAGGGCCGGUUCUGAUCCGACCGCCGAGCUGCUGAAACCUGAUCAGAACCGGAUUGUCGUCUCCUCACUGUGAGAGACCGCUUCAGAAGUUCUUUGUUUUUCUGCGACAGCGUAUUGCGGUCAUUUUAGAGAGAACAAAGAGUAAAUAUCCGCCAUAAAACUCUGAACUUUUGAGAAUUUUGGAAAAAACAUGAAAGAAAAUAGUUGCAUGUUGUUUCCAAGAAAGAAAACCUGGAAGUUUCUGAGGUAGAAAAAUCAAAAAUUUGCUACAAAAUGCUCAGAAAUUUUGAGCUUAGUCUUAAAAAAAAAUCUAGAAAAAGUCACGUCAGUUUUUUUUUGACACAAAUUUUCUGAGUUUCAAAAGUCAAAAAAAUUAGAAGUUUCUUAUAUUUAAUGUUUUUAAAAUUUGAGUUUCCAAAGUCAAAAAUGUUCUUUUUAUACAGUUUGUCUGAUUCAAACAUUGAAAAGUUUUAAGUAUUUAAAAUUAAAAACUCAGAAACUUUCAUGUUUUCUUUCUGGAAAAUUUCAAAAGUGGAAAAUAUUUGAUGUUUGGAAACUUCCUUUUUCCUCAAAUGUUUUAUUUUUUUUUAUUAAGAAACAACAUUUUUCUAGUAAAUUGACAUUUUUAAAUUUGCUAAUUUAAAUGAACUUUUGAGCUCAACCAUUUUCUUGUUUUUCCUGGAAAAGGUUUUGGUGGAAAUUUAUUAUUUACUCCUAUUUUUCCUUCCCACUGUCGCCCUGAUGCAUCGUCGUAUUUUUCUGAAAAUUAUGAUUUAUUUUUUUUUUCCCUCUGAAAUUCUCCUGAUUCGGAUCUUUGUUUCCGGUUCGGACUUGCAGAACUCCUCCGGUGCAAUAAGGUUUCCUGUCUGUGGACUGAAACGGUUUUUAAUGGCUGAACUCCGUCUCCUGAUUGGUCGUCUUUAUCAAAGUGCCUGAUUGGGUUGAAGCUGAUCAGCUGGUACGAAAGGGAACAUUUUAAUUGGACGGAUUCUGCCCGACUUACAGGACUGUAGAUGCUUAUAAUUUUAUUGUUUUUUUGCAAAUUAAUCACCAAACUUUCGAUCUAUGAUGCCAAACUUGUUGGUGUUUCUCUGCGGCGGUUUUAUUUCCUGUUGUCGUGUUUUAGCCUCAAACCGGACUUUCUGACGGAGCAGCAGUGUCUCGUUAUGCAAUAAGGAUGAGAUUUGUGCGGCUUCCUGCCGCAGUGCCACCGAGCCUCUGGACUUUAACCCAAACGAAGCCACCGAGGCUUCACCACUCGGACCAAACCGCUGUGCCUGCUCGCGUCCGCUUUUACUUGAAGAAUAUUUGAAGUCUGUACCAACGUAUUGGACCGGUUGGGACUGAAAUGGACCUCCAGAACCCGCAGGCAGGACAUUGUCUCACAGAUGCCUUUAAUCUCCUUCAGUUUAAGCAUUUUGAAUCAGUAUGAAGAUAUAUUUAUAAUUGAAAUAUGAACUAAAUGCACGUUUAAACACUUUCUAUUUAAAAAAUAAAAUAAAGGAGUUUAUGAUAUUAAUGUUUAGAAAUCAAGAGGUUUUAAAUUUUAUCAACCUGUCAGAUAAAAAGCUGAAAUAUUGAAGUUUGUCAGUAGAGAAAUGGCUAAAAUCUUUUAGUAAUUUAGAUCUAGACCUGAUUGGACGAUCACAGAACAAACUGUCCAAUCAGACGAUGGAUGGAUUUAUUCUUUAAAUUCUGGAACAUUCUGGUUCAGUAGAUUCUUUUUCACUCAAACGUCUCCAAACUUUUUUUAUGUCCCUUCCAGGACCUGCUGCUGUUUCUGAAUCAGCACAGUUGUGAUUGGACCGUUUGAAUCCCCAUCGUCCAAUCAGGUUGGGGUAUGAUAGAAGGCCUUCGAACUGAAAGUUUUAGGUUCGUACGAUUUGGUAAAAUAGAUUUUUUUGUUUUUAAAUAAAGUAUUUAAGUCACUUUUAUCAAAAAGGGAUGAGCAGACAUUAAAAAAAGUUUAAAAGAAACAAUCAAAUGUUUUUAUUUUUUAGUGAUGAUACGGAGCUCCCUUAAUGACGACGUCUAGUGUUCUUGUUCUCUAAAUGACAACCACUUCAUCUUCGACUUUGAAAAAAAUGACUGACUCGUAUUUUAACCCUUUCAUGCAAGAAUUAUGAUCCUUUGUGUCAGGAUUUUUUUUUUUCCCAAUUUUUGUUUUUUCUUGAGGCACAAAAAAGUAGAAAAAGAAAUUUUGUUAAAAUAAAAAAUGAUUAAUUAAUUUUCUCCAAAUACGAAGUUGUUUUAAAAAUACAUCAGUAGUAUUGUUCUUUAGGGGUUUUCUGAUGUCAAUAUUUUUUUACCUGCUAGUCGUCUGCAGUAGGAGGAGGGAUCGGGUCUGUCGGCCAUAUUGAAUUUAUCAAAAUAAUUUCUUGCUUUUGCAGCUGAUGGCCAGUAGUUGAUGGUGUAUUUUAUGAUGCAUUAGUGUCCACUUCAGUGGUCUGUGGGAUUUUAUAACAUAAAGGUCCACAAGAAGCACAAGAAAAUGGCUUUUAUUCAGCUGUCCACUGUAGUGACCACGAUGCAUGAAAGGGUUAAUAUUUAAUAUUUAAGACAAUAAAAUUACAUUUUUUUUUCUCAUUUCUGAAACUAAUCCAAUGUAUAAAACACUUGUUUAUCCAUUUUAUUUGCAGUUUGGUUACGUGUUAUUUCAUCUAUCUUGUAAAAUUUAAGUGGUGCUUAUUAAAAAAUAAAAAAUCUGCUUCAGUUUCAAACUCCAGAACCAGAAAAUGGACGAUUUCCUCAGAGGUUCUGUUGUGAUUAGAGAGGGGAGGUUCUAAAGUUUACCGUCGGACCUGAGUGACCGUUUCGGACUUGUGCCUUUUGCUGAUGGUGCUGAUGAAGUUCUGGUUCUGUGACCCUGCUGUAACGUGUGUCCAUGUUGUAAUAAUUGUGUGAUGCCAAGUAAAUGAAAAAAAACAUUAUGCAGAACUUGAAGGGUCGAAGCGGACCGGACCCCCAAAAAAAAUUAAUAAAGACAAUUGUGGAAACUUGAUCGGAACCGGUACCGGUUUGGAUGUCAUGUAGCAUUAUUUAUUUCACGGUUUCUGUGUGUGGGCUGCAGCGCCCCCUGGUGUCAUUUCCUCUUUUUAAGUUUUUAAUUAACAGCAAUAACGGGUCAGAACUCUGCAGGGGGCGGUCGGACUCUGUUUCUACAUGAUGGAAUAAAUCUCUGCAGGCUGCACUUAAAAACAAACAUGUUUGGGUUUCUCUAUAUAUUUAUGUUGUAUCCUGAUACUGUAAAACUGGAUGUUUUACCUCCUGGUCUGAUUUUAUUUGUGCUAUUUUAUUUUUAAAUAAAGAUUCAAACAAGU